AACCAAAAAUUUAAAAGUUUAAAGAAAAAUGUGUAUGUAGUUUUGAUGAACAGUUUAGAGAAGGCUGUGUGGAAUUGGAUGGAUACCUAUCCCCAUGAAUUUAUGGAACUUCAAAGGAAAACAAAUGAUGAAUUAGCUGAUUGUUGUGAUCGUCUAUUUGAUCUGUUAGAUAAUUUUGCUGAAAAUAACAAUAAAAGAAGAAUGGCCACUUGGCCACUGCAAAUGAUGCUGCUUGUUUUAUGUGCUAAAAUAUUGGAAGAGAUUGUUAAUGCCGACUCUGGUGCUCCUCUGUCUCCAGAACAUUUUCGCAAGAGACAGUUUGUUGAUAGUGUCAAGAAAGCUCUUGUUCCUCAUGCUGCAAGUAAACAAUUGUGUGAAGCUGCAGCUGUGACGUGUGUCCGUUUAUGUAAAACAUCAACAUAUAUAAAUAUUCUGGAUAGCAACAAUGUUGUUUUCUCCUUGGUACAAUCUGUUAUUAAUGACCUAAAGCUGUUGCUCUUCAAUCCAUCCAAGCCAUUUUGUCGUAGCCAGGCCACCAUCAAUCAGGAUAUAGACUUAAUGAUUGACUGUUUUGUGUCAUGCUUUCGCAUCAAUCCUCAUAAUAAUGAAGCUUUGAAGGUGUGCCUCAAUCUCAAUUCUCCUUCUACUUACCACUUUGUUUUAGUGUGUUCUCUCUAUCGCAUCAUCACUCAACCCAGACUGCCAUGGUGGCCACAGAUAGAUAUUGUGUAUAGCAAAGCUCAUGAGCUGCGCAAUAUGUUUACAGACACACUGACAAAAGUAACUCAAGGCUGUAUCAGCCAUGCUCCUCUUCGAAUGAUCCAGUUAUGUCAGAGUUUAACCCUUAAAGAAAAAGUGAGUACUCUGAAAUUUAAAGAAAAGUCAGAAGAAUCUCUUAGUUAUAAAAAUCUUCUUUUGUGGAUGGUCAGACUCAUUCAUGCGGAUCCAGUUCUUAUGCUGAAUAAUCAAGGGAAAGCUGGGCAUGAAAUCCAGAGCAGCACCUUAGAGUUGAUAAAUGGUCUUGUAUCUUUGAUUCAUCAACCCUCCAUGCCUGAUGUAGCCCAAGAGGCAAUGGAAGCUUUACUUGUUUUACAUGAUCCAUCAAAUAUUGAGAUGUGGAAUCCAGAGUCUCCUAUUAAUACUUUCUGGGAUGUCAGCUCCCAGGUGCUGUUUUCAAUUUCUCAGAAACUCAUUCAGCACCAGAUUAUGAAUUACACAGAAAUAUUAAAAUGGGUUAGGGAGAUUUUGAAGUGUCGAAAUGCAUUUCUGCAAAAACAUAAAGAGUACGCCAACUUGGGAAGCCACAUUGCUAUUUGCAAACAAGCACACAUCAAACUUGAGGUUGUUUUCUUCAUGUAUUUAUGGAGUGUAGAUAUUGAUGCUGUUUUGGUAUCUAUGUCUUGCUUCUCAUUGCUCUGUGAAGAAGCGGAUAUUAGAUGUGGGCAAGAUGAUCUCACUGUUACAUAUAUGUUACCAAAUUAUCAUGUAUAUCAGGAAUUAUCAGCAGCUAGUACUAUAUUAACUACUGGGCGUGCUGCACUUCAAAAACGUAUCAUGGGUUUGCUAAGAAAAAUUGAACAUUGCACACAAGGUUGUUCUCAGGCAUGGGAAGACACUUUCAUGAACUGGGAAGCAGCAACAAAAUUGCUUGUUAGUUACCCUAAAACAAAAUUAGAAGAAGCUCAAAUUUGUGAAGGUUUCCACCGAACUAUUGGCAAGAGGAGAGCCUCUCACCAAAGCACAGAACAUGAGUUAGAGGAUCAGCUCAAUGAAUGGGCAAAUAUGACAGGCUUUUGUUGUGCAAUGGGUGGUGUGUGUUUACUUAGAAAAUCUCCAUCGAGGACAAGGUAUUGUUUUCAUUCUUCUGUUCCAGAA